AUACAGUAAUGCCAUUUAACAGCACGUAUAAUUGUGGCUGCUUUCAAUAAACCUUUUCAUUGAGAUGUCAAAUCUAAAUAAAACAUGAAAAUUAGUCUUUAAUGGUUUUACUGCUACUUUGUUUUUUUUUACUUGUACCACUGAGGCGGAAAGGCCCAAACUGCUCCCUCACCCGAGACCCCAAAACAGCGCAGAAUAAUAAUAAUACAGAGAAUAGACAUACAAGUGGCACUAUCCACUAUCUAUGCACCAACAGUCCCCUCCAAAAGACACUUGGGUUGCGGAUCAAAAGAUGAAUAUGAGACGCAAGUUCUGGAUUCCAGCUUUUAUUUCACAGUAUUUACAUCUUGAUGUGUUAAACGACUCAGGAAAGCGAACAACUCGGGAAGAGCUUCAUCAUCUAACAAGCCAAUGAUCCAAAACACACUGCCAACACAACAAGGGGGGAAAAAGUGGAAGGUCUUAGACUGGACAAGUGAGUCACAAGCUCUUAACUAAAUAGAGCCCCCUGAAGUGAAGACUGAAGGGAGAAAGCCCCAGAAACAAACAAGAACUGAAAGAGACAGCAGUAAAGGCCUGGAAAGGUGUUUCAAAUGUAGAAUGUAACAGUCUGUUGAAUUCAAUGACUUGCAGCUUCGAUGCAGUUAUUGCAAGAAAGGGUUACACCACCAAAUAUUGAAUGAAUGUUAUUUUUUUAUGCUUAAUAUUUACUUAAUUUUAUUAUGACCAUUCCAAUACUUUUGCCCACUUGAAAAGUGGGCAAUUCAAACAAUAGGUUUUCUGUCCUGAGUGGUUUAACACGUCUGGAUGUAAAUAACCGUACAAAUAAAAGCUGGAAGUCUCAACUUUUGUCUCACAGUCUUCUUUUGAUCUGAAACCCAAAUGUCUUCAGUACACAACAAAGGAAUUGGCGUUGCUGUUGCAAUACUGUUGGAGGGGACUGUAUAUUGGAGAGAAUGGGAGGACCGGUGUCUGCGGCAACUCCCACUGAAUAUUGCAUAGUAUAAGUGCAGUAGUGAAUUGCAAACGGUACAUGAUUAAAUAAUAUAUAUACACAGGAUACCGUACUAUGUAUAGAAUGAUCCAUUUUCUAUAUUGCUUGUCCUCACUACGGCCUCAGCGAGCUGGAGCCGAUCUCAGCUGACAUCGGGCCACACGCUGGACUAGUUGCCAGCCAAUCACAGGGCACAUAUAGACAAACGGUCAUUCACAUUCACAAUUUGCAAUUUACAGUCUUCAAUGGACUUAAGAUGCAUGUUUUAUCACUAUGGGAAGAACAUUUCAAAUCUGCCCCUGAAGACUCCGCUGAAAUUUUAACCGAGAAUCUCGUAACUGUGAGGUGGAUCUGCUCACCAUAAUUCGCAGUUGGGACUGAAACAAAUCAUUUGAAUUACAAAAAAAGUGUGUAGACUAACGAGAGCAAGACUUUAUACAAAAAGCAUGUGUGAUUGCUGAUUGCGUGAUCUCUUGUUGUCGUCUCUUAUACCUUUGACAGAGUUUGAUGGAGAGCUGGUCGGAUGACAGCUGGAACUGUUGUCAUAACUGGAGGAAUACUGGCCACAGUGAUACUUCUCUGUAUCAUCGCUGUGCUCUGUUACUGUAGACUCCAGUACUACUGCUGUAAGAAGAAUGGCUCUGAUAGUAGCUCCAACUCUCUGCAACGCUUUGAAUGCAACACCUGCAGCGUCUCUGGCCUGGAUGGGACUUUUGGCAUCCCGCUGUCACUUUCACCCCCAGAGCCACCUGCAUUGUCCAAACCCAGGAAAGCCACAGUGGGGCGUCGCCGCUACUGCCCCACCUGCUCCCCGUACGACUCACCCUUCUUCAUCCGUACCGCUGAUGAGAUGCGCAACGGAGGCGAGCGCAUCACUUACAUGCCCACGCACUACGAGAACCAGGCGCUGGCCAUGCCGCUGCCCGCCAUGCACGGAUCCCUGCUGAGGGAAGAUCCGCGGAGCAAAGCACCGGAUUUCUACACAAACACUCGAGCCAUCAGCACAGAAGUGUGACACUGCAGCUAGAAGCGCUGAACACAAAGCGGUUUUGGGAUCCUGUAUGGAUGCUUUGUUAUGGUAGAUUUAUUUACCGUACUGUACUGAUUUAGUUGACCUUAUUUUUUAUUUAUUUUUUGGUGUAUGUGCAAUGUCUGUUUGUAAACUACACUGUGAUUUGACUGUUAAUUCAGUUUAUAGACCGAGGGCUAUCUGACCUAAGUUAGCGUUUACAUAUCUACUCAAAAACAAAAACGUCAUUUUUGAGACAGUUGUGUCGUACUCCCUGUAACGAUCUGUAUUUUCUCAGUGCAUGCUCCAUUUUAAAGGAGGUUCUGUCUCUAUGCAAGAUGUUUUAGAAAUCCAUUGAAGUCUCAACUCAUCAGAUUUAAUCUCAACAUUUUAUUGGCACAUCAUCAUGAGUAUGUGAGGUACAGUAAUUAAGAGUGAAUCACUGGUCGUUUAAAGCCCUCUGGUUUGCUUGGUCACUUACUGACCUUCAAUUUUGUGCUCUUAUGUGUCUAUUAUGAACAAGAUUGAAGUAUCUUUAUUAGUCGUUUUUUUAUAUGACAAUAUAAGUGGAGGCAGCAACCAUAUAUGAGAACUACGGCGUGCUUUUUCUGCUGGAUGUUGCAGGACAUAGUACUGACCCAUUUGCCAUUAGUCUUUACUGACUCAGAUGCAAAAAAGUUUGACAACAAAUAUAUGACUCAUCAGUUGUUUCAGAUGGACGUGCUUGUUACGUGCAUGUGUCUUUUGUGUGCUUUGAUGCGGAGAUAGUCAUUUACUUUUUGCGCUUUUGCUAUUACUCUCAUGUGGCAUCAUUAAAAUGAAGACGGUGGUGGUGUUCCUCUUCACAUUGUGAGAACAUCCACUUUUUCGAUGCCAUAUCUUUGUGACCAACAAUGUCGCUGUGAUAGUCCUGAAUAUUCGAUUUUUUCUCCGAGUCUACAACCAUUUUUCUUAUUUUUUUGCAUAAAAUCACACAAUUGGUAAUAGCAACUUUAUGUUUGCAUACCUUUUCAUCCCUCGAUGCAAAAAAAAAAAAGUUUUGUUUACUUUGUGUGAGUGAGGGCAAAUAAAUGUACUCGUAUAUCGUUACGUGAUGUGCUUAUAAAAGUCAAUACACAACGUCAGGGCAAACUGUUUUUGUUACAAAGAAUCUAUCACUAUCAUUUCAUCACUUCUAUUACCUACUAAAUUAUGUAGCUACUUGUUAAAACAACAAAAGCAUAUUUUGAACUGUUGAUAGAGAAAUCAACAUACAUAUGAUCAUUAACACUAGACAGUGAUACAUUUUGACAAAUAAAGAUUUGUAAUUGCUUCGAA